AUGGAGGCUCAAAACUUACAUACCGCGUCUGAUUACAUCAAUAAUUUGCUCCUUGCCAGAGGCUUACUCCGCAAUGGGAAGCCGAUCAACUUUGCACGACCGGAAGAUGCCUCGGGGGGAACUGAUGACACCAUGGCACAUGUUAUAAACCUAGUACAUGACCUGGUUUUGAGAAGAGAUCGUGAGGCGGAACAAAGAGAGAACUUGGCGACCAGCAUCAGAGCACUCCGAACUACAGAGGCGAAACAAACGCUCGAAAUUGAGAGACUUCAAGCCAAAACGACGGAUUUGUCCCGUUCCUUGGCUCUUGCUGAGGGACAGGAACGUGCAUUCAAAACGACCCUCCACAAUGCGGAAACUACCAAUCGAGGAUUGAAAGAGAAAAUACAACGCAUGAAAUCGUCAAUUCAGCAGAUUAGAAACCAAUGCGUUACGGAUAUUCGAAAGAGAGAUGUUGAGCUCCAAAAGCUGAAAUCGCAUCUCACAGAUCGCCAGAGGGGAAAACGGGAUGGACUUGGGGUAACAACAGUAACAAUAACCCCUGCUCCAAAGGCUAAUAUGGGACGAAAAGCAAUGGAUGGUGGGGAGGGCCUAGAAAAUCCUGGAUAUACCCUCAGGCAGGAAUCUACGGAAUUUCUGACCCAGCUCUGCCAAGAUCUGAGUGACGAAAAUGACGCACUCAUUGGCAUAGUGAAGAACGCAAUUCAAACACUGCGGGACCUACAAGAAUUACCCGAUAUAUCAGAAAAAGAUGACCAGGGAAAGAAUACCUUGGCUUCUCACGACUGGGCAGCUAGCCAGCUGAAGGAGGUCCCAGAAACAGAGCCCAUCCCACAUCAUGAAAAGCUCGCGACCGAGAUGAACUUGGUACUUGAAAAACUUAGGUCGUUGCUCACAAACCCGUCAUUUGUGCCUCUGGAAGAGGUUGAAAUACGAGACAGUGAAAUUUAUAGGUUGAGGGAUGGAUGGGAAAAGAUGGAAGAAAGAUGGAAGGAGGCCGUGUCAAUGAUGGACUCAUGGCACAAGCGGAUAGCUCAAGGAGGAACUUCGGUCAACGUUGACGAACUCAAACAAGGAAUGGGCCUCGGGCUUCGAGCUGACAAACACCAACCUGUGGGGCCCGAGUUAGAUGAUCCAAAUCUGGGCCCACCAACAUAUGAUGAAAAUGUUGUCAGAGGAGAAACAGACUACAGCGAUGUCCAAGAAUUUAUGAGAUCAACCCCGGUUCGCAAGAACAGUCCAAAAAAGGAUGCCAAAUAUCAUCGUGUCCUUGGCGAAAGUUCUGGAAAUGCAUCUCGAAAUGUAUCGUCUCGACGUUCGAGACAGAGUUUGAAGGAUGCUUCCGAGCGUAGCGAUGAUGAGCUUGCUCUAUCAGCACACUUGAAAACGACACAACAUCCGAAGAGCAAACCCAGGAGAGUUGCAGGAUCAAUAAUUCCUAAGCACGCCGUAAAACCCAAGUCGAAAAUCUCAACAACGGAAAAGCUUGCUACUGUUGAAUCAGAAGCCAAGGAAGCAGAAGCAGAGCGGAAGAAGUACGAAAGGAGGAAAAGGAGCAACUCGUCAACACGCUCUAAUGCAAAACCGAGACGGCGGAAAAGCACAUUAACACCGCAAGAAUUGCAAGAUUUGCUGAGCGCUAGCGGUUAA